AACCAGUCGCUCGCUGUUCGGAACCAAGUUUUUUUUUUUCUCUUCUUGGCGCUCUCUCUCUCUCUCUCUCUCUCUCUCCCUUUGCCUCUCCUCUCUCUCAGUUGCAAAAUCAGCAAAGAGCAAUAGCUCCAUCUCCGUUCUUGGUUUGAUUAUCAGAAUCCCUUACAGUCGAUGCUCUUUGGAGGCCCUAACUCGCGUCACUCAGCGAUCCGCAAGCCUCCGGCUCAGCCGAGUCACCUCCAUGGCUAACAAUCCCUCGGAAGGCCCCGCCGAUGACUUUUUCGAGCAUUUACUAGGGUUUCCGAGCUACGCAACGACGGAGGCUAACUUGGCCGGGGCGGCGGCUCCGAUGAUGCUCCAGCUCAGUUCCGGCGACGGCUCUGCCCAUCUCGGCGCCGUCGGAGUUGGUGGAGAAGGUGGCGGCGGCGGGUUUCACGGAUCGUUGUUUCCGUUAGGGUUGAGUUUGGACCACCAGGGAAAGCCGCCAGGGUUUAUGAAGGUGGAUGAGGCAUCCGCCAGCACCAAGCGGUUCCACGAGGAUAUUGCUCACGGCCGUGCUUCCUCUUCGUCUAUGAAAAACGCUUUCCUUGGCCAGCCAAUGGCUAACACAGUUGCUGCUGUACCACAUCCACCUGCAAUUCGUCCCAGGGUGCGAGCAAGGCGAGGACAGGCUACAGAUCCACAUAGUAUUGCUGAGAGGUUACGGAGAGAAAAAAUAGCUGAAAGGAUUAGGGCCUUGCAAGAAUUGGUUCCCAGUGUGAACAAGACAGAUAGAGCUGCCAUGCUUGAUGAAAUUGUUGAUUAUGUGAAGUUCCUACGUCUCCAAGUGAAGGUCCUGAGCAUGAGCAGAUUGGGUGCAGCUGGUGCUGUGGCACCUCUUGUAACUGAUAUGCCAAUAUCAUCCGUGGAGGAAGAAGCCGGUGAAGGCGGAAGAAACCAACCAGCCUGGGAGAAAUGGUCGAACGAUGGCACAGAAAGGCAGGUGGCUAAGCUGAUGGAAGAAAAUGUAGGGGCUGCUAUGCAGUUCCUUCAGUCAAAGGCACUGUGCAUCAUGCCCAUAUCACUGGCCUCAGCAAUCUACCAGUACCACUCGCAAUCACCAGACACCAGCACCGCCACAGUAGUCAAAUCUGAAGCACACCCCCCUUCAUAAAUAAUAAAUCAAAGCCUUAAGAAAAGGAGUUGAACAGUGUGGUGCUUCCGUCGGUCUCCACCACCAUGCCCAAGAAAUGUAGGCUACUCUAGCUAGCUAGCUAUAAGCCCUCACUCUUCUUUUAAAUGCAAUCAGACGUCAGAUGCCAUGGCUCCACCUUUUUUCCAACUUUUGUCAAAAGAGGGUUUGAUUUGAUUUUAAAAUAAUGGAAGGCAGAGAGAGGCUUGAUUUCUUUGCUAAAUUCAAGUAGAGGGUAAGAAAUGUCAAAGCUUUUGUCGAGGUGCUCUGCUGCUUUUGUGUAUCAGUGGUGGGUGUUAUCGUGGAUGACGGAGCACUUUUUAGUAGUGGGGCUGUCACUUUGGUAAGUGGGUGGGGGCCCUAAAAAGGGGCAGACUUGGUACAUAUUUUAAAUGCAUAAUUGUAAUUGUAAUGCUAAUUCUCUUUU